AUGUGUCAAGGCGCGGUCAACGGUGUGCUCGUGGCCCUCUUGGUCUUUCCUUCUCUCCUUUGGACGUCCCUCUUGUCGACACCAGAGGUCUUCCACCAGUCAAUCCGUAUACUUUGGUCCAAAUCACCCGCGGACAUUGCAGUGGGAUCCGAAGCCGAUUAUUACAACAAUCAGGAUGAAGAAGGAGUGAAAGACGUGGCUUUUGAAUCUGGGGACGUGACGAAGGACGCCGGAGUCAAUUUGAGGCUUUCCGAGACCACGUCAAUUUUGCCGCUGGGACUACGACUGCGCAGUCACUGGUAG